ACCUGCACGGUGGAUGCACCUGUGUUGACAGAAGAAGGCUUCCAUCGCUGAAGCGCCUGUCUGUCGGGGAAGUGGUGGCCUACACUAAAGGAAACCCCAUUUCUGUUGGUGUGGGCUGUGUCUAUACCACGGCGUCAUACUGGCCAAUACAGUGACAGAGCUAUGUCGGUACAGCCCCCCUGUACUGUACAUGUACCCGUAGGGUUAGACUCCCAUUAGGAUUCUUUUAAGCAUGUUGAGCUUGAAUGAUUGGAACGGGGGUGCAGGAAGGAUCAUAGAAUAUCAGGGUUGGCAGGGAUCUCAGGAGCUCAGCUAGUCCAACCCCCUGCUCAAAGCAGGACCAAUUCCCAACUAAAUCAUACAGCAUCAUAGAAUAGCAGAUAGAAUCACAGAAUAUCAGGGUUAAACUGGAGCCACGUCUCCUGCUACGCUGAGUGGGAAAUCGAGGACUUGGGCCUAACUCUUUAGAGUGUACGCAGCUAAUCAUCCGAGGGCCUUGGAGCGCACUGUCAAUGCCUUUUGAACAGGGUUCUCUCUUCUUUGCAGAAUAUGGCCCCGAGAAGAACGCAGCAGGUGGGGGCGGGGCCGUCCACGGAGCAAGCCUACAUCUCCAAGGUGGUUCUGCUGGGGAGCGCGGCCGUGGGAAAGUCAAGCACAGCCUUCCGCCAUGUGAAAAAGGACGUCAGGGAAUCCGUGCCCGCUGUGGGAUGUUCUUUCUUUACCCAGCUGGUAUGUUUAGAGACUGCCACGAUCAAGCUUGUGAUCUGGGACACUGCAGGACAGGAGAAGUACCAUGGUGUUUGCCAUCUUUAUUACAGAGGGGCCAAUGCUGCCCUUCUUGUAUUUGACAUAGCCAGAAAGGCAACUUUUGCGAGAGCAAAGCUAUGGUUGAGGGAAUUAGAGAAGGAAUUUCUUCCCGAUGAUCUCGUGAUUGUUUUAGUCGGCAAUAAGAUAGAUCUUGCUGCUCAGCGGGAAUUCACCUUUGAUGAGGCGGAGGAGUUUGCAAAGAGUGAAAGCUUAAUCUACAUGGAAACGUCGGCAAAAUCCAACCACCAAGUGACUGAGGUGCUUAUGGCCAUAGCUCCCGAGUUAUUGAAAUAGGAACAACAGAAGGAACCAGCCCCUCAGCCUCAGCCCUGGAAGAAGUCACGCGUGGACCUGCGAGAGCCAAGCAAUCACACUAAGAAGUGUUGCAUGAACUAAAGGAAAUGGCAGACUGACCUAAGUGUUCGAUUGAAGAACUGUACGAGAGGAGAUAUUGCCCAAUGCAAGGAACCUGAAAAGCGCUGCAAGUCUCCUCUCGCUUGUGUUUGCUCAGUGUUAUCAUUAUACAAGAAUACAGUGCAAAGUAGCUUCACAAAUAAAAACAGCAAAAAGGA